UGAGAUGUUCUUGUCUUCACAUCUAGAGACUGAUUCAAGGUCUAGGCAAGGGCUCCAUCAUAAUAUUCAUUAUUUGGUAAACUGUGACUUCUAACUGGCCUUUGCUUAUCUGCCCCUGACCAGUGUGGACUGUUGGUCAGAGUGAGGGACGGAAUGGCUGAGGCACAGCUGCUUGGGGAAGAUGGCAAUCAGAAGUUAUUUCCCUGUGAAGUCUGUGGGAGAUGCUUUGCAACAGAUGUUCUGGAAAGACAUGGACCGAUAUGUAAAAAAGUAUUCAACAAAAAACGCAAACCCUUCAACUCCUUAAAGCAAAGAUUACAAGGAACUGACAUUCCCACUGUGGGUAAAUCUCCUCAGCCCAAGGUUCAGGCCGUGAGGAAAUCUAACUGGAGACAGCAGCACGAGGAUUUCAUCAACAGGAUCCGAUCAGCAAAACAAUUCACUCUAGUCCGGCCCCUCCCACCUCCAACCCAGAUUAUAUUCAAUGCCCUUAUUGUAUGAGGAGGUUUAACGAAACCGCUGCCCAACGACAUAUUAAUUUCUGCAAAAAUCAGACCUCUC